AUUUCCAGAGAGAAUGCUGCAGGCGGGUAGGCUCCUGGGUCGGAGUAUAGUCGGCUCCGUUCCAGCCUGCAGCUCAGUUAAAGUUUACUCCUUCCCAGUCUCCGUUCCAGCUUGUCAUCUCUCUCGUUCCAUGACAACACAGACACAAAACCUAUCGAAGAAGCCCAUUCAGAAAGGUACAAAAAGACGGAAGCCACCCAAGACCAUAAUAUCUGCAGAGAACAAUGCAACAUUCAGGGACCUUAAAGGAAAAAUAAUUGCUCUUAGAGCAAGAGAACUUAAUAUUCUUGCAGGAAAUUUGGGGACAGAAACGGCUGUGAUUGCAAACCCAGCACAUAUAUUAAACCUGAAACCAACCAAGAAAAUCACCGUCGAGCAACUUCUGAAAAAUCCUCAAGAUGAUCCAGAAAACAAAUCCACUAAUUCAUCUGAGAACAUUUCCUCUCCAACCAUACAUAAAUGUCCUAAUUGCAAUAAAGAGUUUAUGAAGAGCAGAGGCCUUAAAACACACUCUAAGAGGUGCAAAACGAAACCGAUUAAAAGUGAAUCAUGUACAGAGAAUAAAGUAAAAGAACCCCCGGAUUUAAUUUCCUCAAGUGAUUUUGCAAUUAAUCAGGUAGAUUCUACAUUUAAAAUACAUUCAGUGACUAGUUUUAGUGAUAUACACACAGAUCAAAAACCAUUAGAAUCCAGAGUAAGUCCGACAAAGGUGCAACCUUCAAAGAUUAAGCAGCGUCAAGAAUUUUUACAUCUUCCGCUAAUCAGAGCUUACUUAGAUCUUUAUAUAUCCCGUGGUAGAGUAGACGAAGCAUUAGAGCAGUUUAGACAGUUAAGAAGUCAGCCAACCAGUAGAGAAGCAGUAGACAACCUCGAGAUUUACAAUAUGCUUAUCCGUGGAUUCGCCCGUAAAUAUGAUUUCUCCAAGGUUCAGGUUCUCUGGAAGGAUUUGAUAAAGAGAAAUAUUGAGCCUGAUAUCAACAGUUAUAUAUCUUCAAUGAUCGCCAUGAGUAGCUCCGACAUGUCAAGGAACGUAUUCAAGACUGUAUUCCGUCAAGUUUACUCUGAAUUUGAAGAAAAAGGUUACACUGUCGACUCCGCUCUAAGAUUAGGACGGUUUCAGUUCGAUGACCGAAGAAUGUUUCUGGAUACGCUAAGGUCACUCUCCGGGAUGGAACCUGCUCCGUUUCAUGAUGCUCCCUACUCUAACCCACUCCUUGAUACACUACCAACAGCAUCAGACUUUCUGGAGUCUCAGAUCAAGAACAUAUUAAAAAGAGAAGAUCUGGGUAAACUAUUAACAAGACAGAUGGAGACGGAGGAGAAGCGAACUCUUCUUAUUCCUUCCGUAGUUCGAGACCAGUUUAAGGUUUCCAAGGUUGAGAGAAGUUUUAUCUCUGAUCUAGAGGAGGAGUGGAGACAACGGCUUACUCAAACUCUAAGUAUGAGGAGGAAAGCAAAAAUUAAGAUGGCGGGAAAGGAGAUGAAGAACUCUAUCAACAAAUACAUGUUCCUGUUUAGUGUACCCAUCCCUGUCCUAGUCGAUAUAUUGCUCGCUUCUGCUCGUCACAUGAUCUUCAACUGUGAAACCUACAGUAUCUCAGCUUCUCAUUUCUCAUCAAAACUAGGGAAUGAUGUGAUGAAUGCGUUCCUGUUCCAGAACCGAGUCCAAAACAACCAAUACUUUAAGACAGAGUUUCCCAAGGUGUACUCUAGAUACUUGGACUGGUACACUAACCCUCAGGGUGGAGAGUUAACUCACAGAGCAGCGUUACAGAGCGCGUGCGCCGACUUUAACCUAAAUGAGGAGCAUGAGACCUGGCCGGAGGACGUGAGGUUCAUGGUGGGCCGGGAGCUCAGGGAUAUCUUCAUCAAGGAGCUAUGUAUUACAAGGGAUAAGAAAGGAGAGAUUGUUGUAAAGAACAAGAUCCUUGUCGGAAAUCAACUAAAACCGCCAACCCGUCCUCUUCACUCUAAUCCUGCAUUUUUUAAACUCUUCCGCUCACGUAAGGAAGAGAAACAAAUUGAGGAGACAAAACCUCAUCCGUCUUUGUCCAAACUCUAUUCCAACCUGAAGAUGGCAGAUCUAGAGUUUUCUCCGAUGGAAUUACCGAUGGUUUGUCCUCCUCUACCCUGGAUAUCUACAGAGACAGGAUCAUUCCUGUACACGUCUCCGGGUCUAGUUAGGAUCAGUGAAAAGUUGGUAUCCGAUCAGAAUAAGAAACUCCAAGACCUAGCUCCGGGUAUGCUCAGUCCUGUGCUGGAUUCUUUGAACCAGCUCAGCUCUGUACCUUGGAAGGUUAACAAGACAGUUCUUGAUCUUGCAAUCUCCGUGUUUGUUGCUCAAAAGGAUAAUAGCCUUCUCAGCAUUUUAAACCUUCCUCUUCAUCCUAGUAAUAUACCUGGACCAGAAGUAAACAACGAACUUCAGAAUGUUCAGAGGGAAAGCUAUUCACUGUGGUGUGAUUGUGUAUACCGUCUUUCCAUUGCAAACCAUUUCAAGAACGAUGUUCUGUGGUUUCCCCACAACAUGGAUUUCAGGGGGCGUGUCUACCCAAUCCCUCCCUACUUUAAUCACAUGGGAUCCGAUUUAGCGCGCUCAUUACUUGUAUUUGCGCGCGGAAAAUCCCUCGGGAGCAAUGGGUUGAACUGGUUGAAGCUGCACUGCAUAAAUCUGACCGGAUUAAAGAAACGCGAGAGUGUAGAAGAGAGAUUAAAGUUUGCGGAGGAAAUUUUGGAUUUAAUCCUCGACUCCGCAAACAAUCCUAUCACCGGGAAACGAUGGUUCCUGGACUCCGACGAACCGUUCCAAACCUUCGCAACUUGUGUUGAGAUUAGGAACGCUCUAAAUCAUCCCGAGGGGGUGGAGAACUAUGUUUGCCAUCUUCCUAUUCAUCAGGAUGGUUCAUGUAAUGGUUUACAGCACUACGCUGCGAUUGGUCGGGAUCUACUAGGAGCUGCAGCAGUAAACUUGGUUCCGGCGGAGAAACCCCAGGACGUUUACUCCGAGAUUGCAACUAUAGUGGAGAGAAAGAGAAGAGAGGAUGCAGAGCAGGGGGUGGAGAUUGCUCAGUUGUUGGAUGGAUUUGUUAAACGUAAGGUCGUGAAACAGACUGUGAUGACGACUGUGUACGGUGUAACACCCUACGGAGCAAGUAAACAAAUAGCAAGACAGCUGAAGGAUAUCAGUGAGUACCCUGAGGAUAGUGUUGAUGCUGGGAGCAAAUACCUGAGCAAUAAAACCUUCGAGAGUUUAAACGAACUGUUCACAGCGAGCCAGGAGAUACAGGACUGGCUGACGGAAUGCGCCAAGGUGAUUUCUGGUGAAUGUAACCUGAAUGUUGAAUGGAUUACUCCACUAGGGUUCCCUGUAGUCCAACCCUACACCAAGUGUCCGAACCCUCGGAGUACACCGUUCCUCAACCAGAAACUCAUUAUGAACACUGUAAAGAAGGAAAGACUGAAAGUGAUGACAAUGAAACACAGGAACGGGUUUCCUCCGAACUUCAUCCAUUCCUUGGACUCAACACAUAUGAUGCUCACGUCUCUCUUCCUCUGGGCAAAUGGAAUCACAUUUGCCUCAGUUCAUGAUUGCUUCUGGACUCACGCCUGUGAUGUUGAACUGAUGAACCGAACUUGUCGGGAGCAGUUUGUUGCUCUGCACUCCCAACCCAUCUUGGAGGAUCUGUCGAGAUCCUUCGUGACCAACUACCUGAGCACACCCUUUACCCUGGAGGAGGCGGCGGCAGAGCUCAGGUUUAAGCAGAAGUUUCCAGGAACAAUAUCCUCCGUAGAAUUGGAGAAAAAGAAGAGAGAAAUCUUGUUCAAGAAUAUACCAAAGAAAGGAUCCUUGGAUCUUAAUGUUGUCAAGAACUCGGUCUAUUUCUUCAACUAGUCAGAAUUUAAAUGAAGAAUUAUAUUUUUAUAAAUUUCGAAUCAUACGCAUACUGUUUUUUUA